AUGUCUACUAUGCGGGCAACCCAUGGUCACAGCCAGGCCUGCUGCAACAUCCCGCCUGUUGUGUCUUCGGGCUAUGUCCCCAAGGGAUCAUAUGAGCAACUGGGUGGAAUGAAGACUUAUGUCACCGGUCCCGAAGAGACCACCAGAGGAAUUGUCGCGAUCUUUGACAUUUUCGGCUAUUUUGAGCAGACGCUCCAGGGCGCAGACAUCCUUGCAACCAGCGAUCAUCACCACAAGUACAAGGUGUUCAUGCCGGACUGGUUCAACGGCAGCCCAUGCCCCCCGGAGUGGUACCCUCCUGACAGCGUGCAGAAGCAAAAGGAUCUCGGCGAGUGGUUCGGCGAGCACAUGCCGCAAGGCCCCGCAGCUGCCUUGCCUAAGUAUAUAUCGGAUCUCGAGGCUGCGAACCCAUCUAUCACAUCAUGGGGACUUAUCGGGUACUGCUGGGGAGGUAAGGUCGCCGAGAUCGUGACCUCUAGCGAAGACAACCCAUUCAAGAUCGCCGCCGCUUGCCACCCUGCCAUGGUCGACCCUUCCGGUGCUGAGAAGAUCCCAGUUCCGUACAUUCUGCUGGCAUCGGGAGAAGACCCCGCUGAGGAUGUUAAGAGGUUCGAAAGCAACCUUAAGGUGCCUCAUCACGUUGAAAUCUUCGAGGAUCAAGUCCAUGGCUGGAUGGCAGCUCGUGCUGACCUAUCCAACCCGCGUGUCCAGGAGGAAUAUAGUCGGGGUUACAAGACGGUCCUGGAGUUUUUUGACAAGCAUUGGGCAUGA